CAUAAACAUUUCCACGGUGCGGUUGUUGACUUGGUGGCUAAAAUAUCCAGAUGCGUUAAGCGCGUGCUGCUAAAACGAUUCUAAUAAACUAGAUCAGUUCUCCCAAAAAAAAAAAAUUGUGAUUUUUGAGAGUGUUGCAAAUUUGUGUUUGAGAGUUUGAACUAAACUCAUCUCAACGAACUUAACGAAACAGCAUGACGUAUCCUGUUAGCAGCUAACAUUAGCAUUUACAUUAUAAAUAUAUAUUAAUCAAGUCACAUUUAAGUAUAGACAAUAACUAAUCGAGCCAAAUUAAAAAACGUCGACAUUUACAACAUCAGCGAUAAUCCAUCAAGCAAAAUGACUAUGAAUUAUUACAACAGCAGCACACGCUUCGAGAUGGUCGUGGAGAUAGCUAACAUUGCUUUCGAUGAGUUCAAGACCCAUCAUAUAACGCGCAACUAUACGGGACUGGUGCAGCGCUACUACCAGCUCGUCGAGGAGGAUUACGGCGAUCCCCGUGCCAAACGUUUUCCACUCAUGGAACAUCCGCUGUUUACAUUUGGUCUGGUCGCCAUAUAUCUAUCCUGGGUGCUUGUCCUGGGUCCGUUGUUUAUGCGGGAUCGCAAGCCUUUUCAACUACGUCGCACCCUCGUCAUCUACAAUGCCUUUCAAGUCGCGCUUAGCGGAUAUAUGUUCUACGAGCAUUUAAUGGCCGGCUGGCUGAACUACUACAAUUUAAAGUGCCAACCGGUUGACUAUUCGGAUAGUCCCAUGUCUAAACGGAUGCUUAACCUUUGCUAUAUUUACUACUUGUCCAAAUUAACCGAGUUCGCCGACACAAUGUUCUUUGUGCUGCGGAAGAAGUCAUCCCAAAUAACGUGGCUGCAUGUGUAUCAUCAUUCGGUAACGCCGUUGGAAACAUGGGUGCUGGUCAAGUUCUUGGCAGGCGGCAAUGCGACAUUCCCCAAUCUGUUGAACAACUUUGUGCAUGUGUGCAUGUACUUCUAUUACAUGAUGUCGGCCAUGGGUCCCGAGUAUGCAAAGUUCCUGUGGUGGAAGAAAUACAUGACGGAGCUGCAAAUCGCUCAAUUUGUGCUUUGCAUUGUGCACACCACGCGGGCUCUCUUCAGCAAUCAGUGCCAGUUCUCCAAGUUUAUAUCAGCGCUGUUAUUGCUCAAUGCCUCCAUCUUUUUCUGCCUCUUCAUGAACUUUUAUAUGCAGAGCUACAAGAAGUCCAAGGCCCAGCAGCUGUCAUCAGCAGCGACAACAGCGACGCCAGCGUUGACGGCACAGGCGGACAGCAACAACAACACAUCCAAUUCCAAAGCAGUGAUCCAGGAUCAGGAUUUAGCAUUGAAACUGAAGGCUCAUUAAUUGCAUGCUAACGAAUAAUAACAUAAAGAGCACAGAACAGAAACAAAAAUUCUUCCUAGAGCUGCUCGCAUGCAAAAUUUGUAAAAUACGUACGAUUGAAAUUGGUGUUGGUUAAAAGCAGGCAGCUACAAAUAUUUGGAAGUAGUUUGGUACAAAGGUUUUAAUUUAGUUAAAAUGGGGAGCCAUACAUGAUUAGCUAGAACUGCAACACUCAAAAAUACAAAUGCAAACAGAAACAAAAACAUAAAUAGAAGAAGAAACUCAAGCUUAAGCCUAAAUCGUAUUGAAUAUUAUUUUUCGAUUUCUGCCAGGGGUAUGCGAUAACUACUUAUAUGUGUAAUAUUUUUUGUCUGUAGCUAUUGACCAUAUUGAAAGUUUGCUUGAUUGCCGUCAUUGAAUAUUAACGUUAAAUGUUUUGUAUAUUAAACAUACAAGAACUGGGUCAAUUUUAACGAUCUGCUUAAGUUUAAGUCAUUUAUUUUAGAGUAUCGAAAAUGCACGUUAAACAUAUUUAAUUUACUCAGUUGGCAAUCCUAGAUCUUAAGUGUUAAUUGUAAUGUGUAUAGAAGAGUUUUGUAAAUAGAUUGUGUAUUUGUUAAAUAUUUGUAGACACUAAGCAUACCCUAAGCUAACUAGUCUUACAUACAAAAUGCGAACGAACAAACAGAACAAUAAUAAAAGUUAAGACAUAUAUAAAAGAAUAACAA